ACUUCUUUUCGACGGGUGUUGGUGGCCCACACCUUUAAUCCCAGCACACGGGAGGCAGAGGCAGGCAGAUCUCUGUGAGUUCGUGGCCAGCCCGGUCUAUAGAUCAAGUCAGGUGUUGCAAAUACUUUUUUUUUUCAAGACAGGGUUUCUCUAUAUUGUUUUGGAGGCUGUCCUGGAACUCGAUCUAUAGACCAGGCUGGCCACGAACUCACAACAACAAAACUUCUUUUCUGUAUAGGACUUUUUAAUAUUUUUAAAGAUUUGUGUAUUAUGCAUUCAACAUUCUGCAAGCCAGCAGAGGGCACCAGAUCUCAUUAUAGAUGGUUGUGAGCCACCAUGUGGUUGCUGGGAAUUGAACUCGGGACUUUUGGAAGAGCAACCAGUGCUCUUAACCUCUGAGCCAUCUCUCCAGCCCUGACUUUUUAAUAUUUAAUAAUCUAAAUAUUCAACAAGAUUCUUAAAAUUUCCUACAUAGUUUGUAGAGAGGUCCAUAAAUAACAACUGCAUAGGCUGUUUUCUGUUUGCUUACUAACAAGGCCCAUCAUUAUGGCCAUAACUGAUUGAAUGGAGCUGUUUGGGGGGAUUGGGAUUUCUCUGUGUAGCCCUGGCUGUCUUGGAACUUACUUUGUAGACCAGGCUGGCCUCGAACUCACUGAGAUCUGCCUGCCUCUGCCUCUGAAUGCUGAGAUUAAAAGUCUGGGGAUUUUUGUUGAUUUUAAUGUUAACUAUGAAAUUAAAAAAAGAACAAGACAUUAUAUAGUAUCAGGAAUUUCUGUGCCAGGUUUUAAGUUUUAAAAUCUUGUUUACUAUAAGAUUGGCAAACAUUAGGUAGUCUUAUAAGUUUUCAGCCAGGUGUGAUGACUAAACUUGGGAGGCUGAGGCAGGGGGAUCUCUGUGAGUUUGAGGCCAGCCUGGUCUACAUAGAGAGUUCCAGUAUAGCCAGAGCUACAUAGAGAGACCCUGUCUCAAAACAAAACAGAAACCAGUUUUUAGACAGACUUGGUAGUUCCUAUAAUUAGGUGGAGGCAGGAGGAUUAUGAGUUUGUGACCAAGCUGGGCCAGGCUGUAAAGUAAGACGUAGUCUCAAACUAACGAAGGUCUUCACCUCAUGCCUAUUAACUGGAGCAGUAAGAAGCAUGGAUGGUGCAGAUCACACUCCUAACCUUCAACAGACCUGCACUUGGUAGCCCUGCCUUUCCAGAGCCUAUAGAACAUGGUUUUACGUUCACCAUGUGAAGUUACAAACCUCUGGCGAGAUGCCUCAGAGGUUGAGAGCAUAUACCUGACUUGGAUUCCUACCACCUACAUCAGGGAAAUGCAGUUUUCAGUGAAGAAGGCUAACAAUGGAGAACCCUGGAGAAGUUACCAGAAAGCUUCACCAGCAGUGCCAGCUUCAGUGGAUAUCACAGAUUCUGACUAGCCUGUGGCUUUAUUGUCUCUGAGGAUCCAAUGCCUAGCAGAAGACCAAAGUUCACAGGUUAAAGAAGAAAGAUCAUAAGCAUCAUGAUGGACUCAGAAGCGCAUAAUAAGAGGCCCCAGAUGCUGACCUCUUCAAACCAGGAUUUGUCUGCUCACAUUGCAGACGUGGGGCAGAUGAAGCAUUACUUCUGUGGCUGCUGCGCAGCAUUCAACAACGUGGCCAUCACAUACCCAGUUCAGAAGAUCCUCUUUCGGCAGCAGCUGUAUGGCAUCAAAACCAGGGAUGCCGUGCUCCAGUUGAGGAGGGAUGGGUUUCGAAACUUGUACCGUGGGAUCCUGCCCCCGCUGAUGCAGAAGACAACCACGCUGGCCCUCAUGUUUGGUCUGUAUGAGGACCUGUCACGUCUGCUCCUUAAGCAUGUGAGCACCGCUCCCGAGUUUGCCACCAGAAGUGUGGCAGCCGUGCUUGCUGGGACAACAGAAGCCGUUCUCACUCCAUUCGAAAGAGUUCAGACUUUGCUUCAGGACCAUAAGCACCACGAUAAGUUCACAAACACGUACCAGGCCUUCCGGGCCCUGAGAUGCCAUGGAAUUGCAGAGUAUUACCGAGGCUUGGUGCCUAUCCUUUUCCGAAACGGAUUCAGCAAUGUCCUGUUUUUUGGCCUUCGAGGGCCAAUUAAGGAGCAUCUGCCUACUGCCACUACGAAUAGCGCACAUCUGGUCAACGACUUCAUCUGUGGAGGCGUGCUGGGUGCCAUGCUGGGCUUCCUAAGCUUCCCGAUUAAUGUUGUCAAAGCCCGAAUACAGUCUCAGAUUGGUGGGCCAUUCCAGUCUCUUCCCAUGGUCCUCAAGACCAUCUGGCUAGAACGGGACAGGAACCUGAUCAAUCUUUUCAGAGGCGCCCAUCUGAAUUACCAUCGCUCUCUCAUCUCCUGGGGAAUCAUCAAUGCAACUUACGAGUUUUUGUUAAAGAUUGUAUGAUGAGGUCACCACAUGAAAUGUUAUUCUGGACCAACUAGACCUAAAGAGAAUGCAAUUUGGCUUUGCUCCUAAUUGGCUUAAAUACAGGUUGGUGUCAUUAAGUCCAGGCCACAAUAAAUUACAGACAAAGCAUGGACAAAAACAGUAAAAGGUUUCAGUGGGCAGAUAUCAGGGUUUUGGUUUGAUCAUUACUCAAGAGCUUUAGGCUGUUACCUGGUAACUAGCCGUGUAUCUGAUGACCUUUUCAGGGCAGCUGUCAGCCAAGAUAGAGUCCUCUUCCUCCCGGAAGCAGUUGCUAGGCUUUCUUAUGGAGACAAUGGCAUCAGCAGCAGGAGCAUGUUUUCCUACCCCAGGGCUUCUCGGGCUCUUUCUCACCUCAUUGGUUGCUCUGCUCGUAGGAGGGUCACCGUCAUUAACCCCGAGCGUUGCAUGGUGGACUGGAGCAGAGCAGACGGAAGUUAACGUCUUAGCUAUAUAGUUCCAUGAUGAAUUGUUGGAGUUAGCUUUGAUACUAAGUGCUGUUGGUAGUCAUUAUCCAAACUCCUUUUAUUUAGAUUUGAUAGACUUGAGCAGCUAAUGGAAGCUUCCAUUUCACUGUUUAGCUUUGAACAUUUUCUGUUUAAUUCUGAAUGUGACUUUAAGCCCUUCCAGAGUGUCCAUGUGUUUUUUUCUGAAUUCGUUGCCAAAAGAUAGGGUGACCUAGUUAACUUCUGUCAUGGGCUUCAUCCUGGUAAGCUGUUCACUGCAAUGUCUACUGUUUUUGCUUGGCUUCUUUAUGCUGCUGGUGUCAGCAUAGCUGACCAGUGCGGGCAUUGUCCCUUGUGAGUAGUGACGUUCGUCAUCGUAUUCUCUGGCACUGGACUUAAAAGAAUAAACACUUCCAUAAAGUUUUAUUUGGGGAGUCUGUUACUACGAUUCCAGGUGUUUUUCUUGGUUUCUCAGAGUGAGGUGAGAAGCAGAGGAUGGGUUUCCCAGUGCUUGUUCUUCUAUUUCUCUGGAAGGAUUUCUUCAGGGCUCUAUGUUCUAGGACCACUAGAGCAGCGCAGCAGGGUGUGGUCUGACAGAGAGUACCUGAUUCCCGGAGCUCAGGUAGGGUUUAACUGCCACUCACGGGGCCAAGGAAUCAGAGUUAAUUCUGGGCAAAUGUAACAUGACUCACAAUCCAGUUGAAAUACAUGCAUUCUGGAGAAGUAGUUUAUGAAUCUUUAGAAAGUUGUCUGUAAACUAGUUACACUUGUUUUCUAGGAUUUGUCAUGGGAGAGUCAGCUUGUCCUUUUUUCUUUCCAUGGUGCUAGGGAUUGAACCCAGGGCCUUGCACAUCCUAGGCAAACACUACCCACUGAGCGACACUCCAGCCUCCCCCAGUUUUGUUUUUGAGACAGGAUCUCAACACGUAGUCCAGGCUGGUCUUGAACUUACAGAGGUCCACCUGGCUCUGCCUUCUGAGUGCUGGGAUUAAUUAAAGGUGUGAGCUGCCACACCUGGCAUCUCCAGUCUUUAAAGGUUUCUUAGAGAUUUUUCUGGGUAAUCGCAGACGAAUAUGUGCUCAUAUCUACAAACUGAAAUUAGACCCUCAACUGGAGUUUGCUAGAAGUUUCUGGGGCAGGUAAUCCAAAAUAGCUGUUUACCUCUACUACAUUGAAGCUGGUUAAAUGAAGUACACUUUCUCCCAGCUGUGAAGGUUGGGAGCAUAGCAAGCAUUGGGGUGACAGUAAUGGAGCAGCACUGACGGAAAACUUUGUGCAGUGCAGACAUGGAGCUGUGAGGACUCAAGAAUUUGGCCCAGACAAGUGUGAGUAGUACCGUGGCUUCAGUUCAAAUUUGAAGGGGAUGAACUCACAUGAGAGAGGGCAGCACCCACAGCGCGGGGAAGGGGAGCUAGUUAAUGGGGGUUAAGUUACAGGGCUUCCACCCUGGCCCUGGUGAGGUCACUGGCCUUCCAUGAUAGGCUUGUUUUCUGCACACUCCUGCAGGUGGAAGAGGCUUAAGUUAAGUUGUAAAGCACUCCUGUGCAGCACGUGAGGGUUAUAAGGGCAAUGCUUUGGCUGUAUCAAUUAUGUGCAUUUUAAAACAAACUUUUUAAUGAUUUUUAACUUUUAAGCAUUUUUAUCACUCUUCAAGCUCUUGAAGACUAAAAUGCAGUAUAUUACAGAGAUGGCUUUGUCUGCUAUAAAUUUAAGCUUGACAAAAAAAAUUCAUAAUUUGUAACCCAGUUUGUCUGAACUUCUUUCUACGCCGCUAUGUAAUUAAUAGAUUCUAACUAGUGUGGUGACAUUCUUUACAGGCAAACCUGAUGAAAGAACUCUGAAAAGCUUUAAAGUGGCCUUUCUGUUGCAUGUGUGGCACAGGUGGCUCAUGAGCACGGGACACUCGUGUCCUAUGCUCCUUAGCUGAUGCUGUCAGACACACGAGUUUUGCAUUUAACACGCUUGAGUGCUGGGAACCGUCAGCACUGCCCUGGUGCCCACACAGCCUUUGCACGGUGGCAGGUUGUUACCUUACCCCAUUUGUGGUUAGACACAGAUGUUUGUGCCUGUCAUCAUCCAUCUUGUGGUUGGUCAUAUAAUCACUUGCUACAUAUUAUGACCCUGUUCAAUAAAGCAGAAUUGUACAUAUAUAUAUAUAGUCAUCUUUGAGUCCCUAAAGUCCCUGAGAUCAAUUACAAUGUAGAUAAGGCCACAAACUUGUAAGGUAAGGUGCAGAGUGCUGGCUUUGAUUGCGUGGCUGCCAUUGGAUGAACUCUGGUUGGAAGGAGGUCAGUGCAGUAUGUGAUGCGGUCACAGAUGAGGCCACAGACUUAUCCUUGGUUUCUUUAUGUUCAAUGUAUUUUUCCUCAUGUACAAAUAAAUGCAUAUUAAAAACUUGAA